UUAGAAAUAAUUAAAAAUAAUUAAAAAAAAGUGAGAGACACGGCAUCACCGCCGACUUCAGUAGAAACCAGGGAUCGUCGCGAGCGUGCUUCCAUGGAGGUCCGAGCCUUCUCUUAACAACAAUAAGAAGAAGAAGAGACGCCGAUCGGAUCCCAAAACCCUAACCGUCGCGGAGAUUCGAUCUAGAAAUACCUCUUUCUCCCCAAAUCUCCCGGGGGUUUCCAUCCCAUUGCUGUCGGUGCUUAAUUCCGUCUUCCUUCCGUGGUCUUGUUGGCCAGCGGGUGGCGGGAUUUAGGGUUCUUCUCGGGACUGGAGAUGCGCUCCGGUGGAGCAGGCGUUGCCUCUGAUCGGAUCGGCUGUCGGUGGCUCUGAGGGAUGAGGAGGAGGCCCUUUGAUCUCCGGCGGCCGGCGCGAAGGCGGUGGUCCUCGAAGGGGUGGGCAUGGAUGGUGGUGGCCGGACUGGGAGUUCUCUUGUUCCUUAUUGUGCUCAGCCGCGAGAAGCAGCCGAGAUCCGUGCCCUCGAUCCUCCAGAAAUCUUAUCGCUCUAGCCUUACUGAAGGUCUUAACAUCACUGAUGAGAUGCUGAGUGCUCAUUCGUUCACAAGGCAACUGGUUGACCAAAUCUCUCUUGCAAAGGCUUUUGUUGUCAUCUCUAAAGAAUGCAACAAUCUCCAGUUUGCAGCAGAACUUAGUGCCCAGAUACGCCUCUCACAAGUUCUCCUAUCCAGGGCUGCCACCAGAGGGGCCUUAUUAACUGCAGAAGAAGUAGAGAUAGCAAUACAUGACAUGGCUCUUCUGCUCUACCAAGCCCAACAAUUCCAUUAUGACAGUGCUACCAUGAUCAUGAAGAUGAAAGGUCAAAUCCAGGCCCUUGAAGAGAGAAUGAAAUCUGAGACCGAGAAGAGUACAAAAUACGGACAGAUAGCUGCUGAAGAACUCCCGAAAAGCCUGUAUUGUCUUGGUGUCAGUCUAACCAUGGAAUGGUUUGAAAACUCAAAUCUGCAUAGAAAACUCUCAGAAGGAAAGCACACUCUGGAGAAGCUAAGAGAUAACAGUCUCUACCACUAUUGUAUUUUCUCUGACAACAUUCUUGCUGCAUCGGUUGUCGUCAAUUCAACUGCCAUGAAUUCCAGGCAUCCAGAUCAAAUUGUGUUCCACCUGGUCACCGAUGAGGUGAACUAUACACCAAUGAAGGCUUGGUUCUCAAUGAGCAGUUUCCGAGGUGCAACUGUGGAGGUACAGAAGUUUGAGGAUUUCAGCUGGCUUAAUGCAUCAUACGUCCCAGUUCUAAAGCAGCUUCAGGACUCUGACACCCAGAACUUCUACUUUUCUGGAGGUGGGGAUGGUAAAACACCAAUUAAAUUCAGGAAUCCAAAGUACUUAUCGAUGCUAAACCACCUUAGGUUCUACAUCCCAGAAGUCUUCCCAGCAUUACAGAAGGUAGUAUUUCUUGAUGAUGAUGUCGUAGUCCAGAAGGAUUUGACAGACUUGUUCACAAUCAACCUGAAUGGGAAUGUGAUGGGAGCUGUGGAGACUUGCAUGGAGACAUUCCACAGGUUCCACAAGUAUUUGAACUAUUCGCACCCACUGAUCCGUGCUCAUUUUGAUCCUGAUGCUUGUGGUUGGGCAUUUGGAAUGAAUGUGAUUGAUCUGAGGGAGUGGCGGAAGAAAAAUGUGACCGGCAUAUAUCACUAUUGGCAGGAGCGUAAUGCUGACCACACCCUUUGGAAGCUCGGGUCACUACCACCUGGGCUGCUGGCCUUUUAUGGGCUGAUUGAGACAUUGGAUCCCAAGUGGCAUGUGUUGGGGUUGGGUUAUACAAGUGUGGACCCUUCAGCAAUCAAGAAUGGCGCGGUGUUGCACUACAAUGGGAACAUGAAGCCAUGGCUGAAGAUUGGGAUGGAAAAGUACAAGGGGUUGUGGGAUAAAUAUGUGGACUACUCACACCCUUUGUUGCAUCGCUGCUUCAUGCAUUAGAUGAUCCUCAUGAUGAUAGGUGACGUUCAUGCAGGGUAGAGCCCUUUAAUUGCCAAAGCCUGGCAGUUAUGAGUAAUUUUCUUUCGAGCGGAAUGGUAGAGUAAAUUAUUCUUUUUCUCAAGAAAUUCUCCCAUUCAUCUAUCUAGAUUCUCUUUCAUGUUGCAGCAUCACUAAUUUUUGAUGGUUGAGGCCCGCCUUAUGAACUGUGGGGGUGGAGCAGCAAAUCCAUCUGAUUGGAAUAUCUCAAGCACAUAUUUGUGCCAGCCAUUCUUAGCAGAUGAAUUAGUAGGGCAUAUAAUUUAUACAGGAACAAGUUGAAAGAUUAAAUAUGCUGCAGAAUUUGUUUUUGGGGGACAUUCUGCAGAAGUCUUUUGAGCAACAUAUGAUCUUUCCUAGAAAGUUUGUGCACAUUGGUUGGUUGGUGUCAAACAGAGGACAUUCAAAUUUCUGAAACCGUUGGCAGUGCAAGUACUCCAUAAGGCCCAUUAAGGUAAUUUUUUCAUGGCUUCGAUAUGACCAAGCUCCUUAUGUGUGGUCAAUUUUGUUGAUGGAUAGGCUUGUAAUUUGCAAACACGGUGGACCGCUUUUCAAUUAGUUAUGUUGGACGCUGUCACAGUUCGAGGAAUACGGGGUAUCCUUCAUUUAUAAAGCAAACAGUGCUAUACAUUGGCUUGCUUGGUGAAGGUUAGAAGAUAGGUGAUUGCAGGAUAAUCUGCCCUUGAAAUUUAUGUAUUUUAUUAACAGAGACCGGACACAGUUGUCUUGUAAGAGACAACUGAUAUAAUCUGUCCUAGUUGUCAAUUUUUCCCCAAAUUAUUAUAAAGAUGAUACCUGCAGAAUUUCUCUGACCCA